AUGCAUCAGAAUCACCUGGAGGCCUUGUUAAAACCCAACAGCGGCCUGGUCCCACCCCCAGAGUUUCUGGCUCUGCCUUCCCGGUUCUCCACAGUCUUCCAGGGGCGGAAGAAAAUGAACAUAUCCGAGGGGUCGGUGUCGUUCGAGGAUAUAGCUGUGGCCUUCACCCGGGAUGAGUGGCAGCUGCUGGACUCUGCUCAGAGGCACCUGUACAGGGUCGUGAUGCUGGAGAACUACAGGCACCUGUUGUCCCUGGGGCACUGUGUCACCACACCUGAGCUGAUAUUCAAGUUGGAGCAAGGAGAAGAACCAUGGAUAGUAAAGGGAGAGUACCCGAGUCAGAGCCAUCCAGAAGUCCAGAAAGUCAAUAACAUGAAAGAGAGGAGCCAAGAAAAUGAAGAUAUAUAUCCAAAGCAAGCUUUAUUCAGCAACAACAAAACAAUGACUAAGGAGAGAAGUAAAACCUUAGGAGAAGAAUUUAAUAUGGCCACAAACCCAGUGUCUUCAAGAAAAAUAUCUCAUAAAUGUGACUCAUUUGGAACAAACUUGAAAAGUGUUUCAGAAUUAAUUCUUAGUAAUAGAAUCCAUGCAAUAAAAAAGCCCGAUUUCAAUGGGUGUGUAUUCCUUGAUACUAUGCAUGAGAAAACUCAUACAAUGAGCAAGCCCUGUGACAAUGAUCAAAAGAAUUCCCACAGUCAUAAUGAUUACUUUAGUCAACAUCAGAAGAAUUCAGCUUCAGAGCAACUUCUUACAUAUAAUAAUUGUGGGAAAGCCUUUCACGAAAAACCAGCCUUUGUUACAUAUAAGAGAGUUCCCACAGGAGAGAACCCCUCUGAAGGUAAAAAACAUAGAACAACCUUCAAGCAAAAGCUAAAGUUCGGUGCUUAUCUGAGAACCCUGAGGGAAAGGAAGCCACACGAAUCCAGUAAAAAUGGGAAAUCUUCAUGGGUAAAGUCAAAACGUGCACAUCAGAGAACUCAUAUAGGGGAGACAUACUCCGAAUGUAAUAAAUUGGAGAAAUCCUGUAGCAAGAAGUCAAACCUUACUCAACAUCAGAGAAUGCACACAGGAGGAAAAUCUGAUGAGUAUAAUGAAAGUGAGGAGGCCUUGCAGAAGUCAUGCCACACUCAAGAUGAGAGAACUCACAGAGGAAAGAAAACCUAUGACUGUAAUAAAUGUGGGAAAUCCUUCCAUGAAAAGUCAUGCCUUGCUCAACAUCAGAAAAUUCAUACAACAGAAAAACACAGUGAGUGUAAUGAAAGUGAGAAAGCCAUAAAGAAGUCAUGCCUCACUCAAAACCAGAGAAUUAACACAGGAGAAAAAAGCUUUGAAGGUAAUAAGUGUGAGAAAUCCUCCUGCAAAAAGUUGAAACUUGGUCAACAUCAGAGAACACACUUGAGGAAAAUAACCAAUAAAUGUAAUGAAAGUGGGAGGGCUUUAAGUUAUAAGUCAGACCUCACUCAAAAUCAGAGUGUUCACAAAGGAAAGAAAACCUAUGACUGUAAUAAAUGUGGAAAAAUCUUCCAUAAGAAAACAGACCUUACUCAACAUCAGAGAACACACAUAGGGAAAAAACCCUAUGAAUGUAAUGAAUGUGGAAAGUCCUUCUUUGUGAAGUCCAACCUCACUGAACAUCAGAGAACUCACACGGGAGAAAAACCAUAUGAAUGUAAUGAAUGUGGAAAAUCCUUCUGCCAGAAGUCAGCCCUCACAGUGCACCAGAGAACUCACACGGGAGAGAAACCGUAUCGAUGUAAUGAAUGUGGGAAAACCUUUUGUGUGAAAUCAAACCUUACUCAACAUCAAAGGACCCACACCGGAGAGAAACCCUAUAAAUGUGAUGAGUGCUGGAGGUCUUUCUGUGUGAAGUCUAACCUUGUUGUACAUCAGAGAACUCAUACAGGAGAGAAACCCUACAAAUGUCCAGAAUGUGGGAAAACUUUCUAUGAAAAGUCAGCACUCACAAAACAUCAGAGAAUUCACACAGGGGAAAAGCCCUAUGAAUGUCAUGAAUGUAGCAAAACCUUCAGCCAGAGGUCAGCCCUCACCAAACAUCAAAGAAGAACACACAAGAAGAAAACUCCUGUCAACACUCUCCAUGGGAGGGAGCCUGCAUGUACAAGUCAAACUUAUUGAACAUCAGCAAGUUGCAGGACAGAAAUGCUAAGAUGUCAGUACAUAGGGAAGUCUUUAUCAAUAGGUUACAGCUAAUUGAAAUGAGAGGAUUAAUAUAGGAGUGUAACCCUUUGUAUACUUGGAGUGCAUGAAAGCUUUCAACAAGUACUCAAAGAUGUUGAGGGGAAAUAUGUCAUUUUAAGGAAUAUGAAUUAAAAUGUUAUUGUAGAAAUAUUGUGUAACUAGAGAUCAUAUUUCAGAUGUAACACCAAACUUGUUACAGAAAAGAUAACAGAAAAUAUUCAGUUUUAAAUGGGAUGUGACAUGUGGAGCUUUUGUAUCCAAUUAUUAACUGACUAGAAGCCCGGUGCACAAA